UAUUCAGAUUUUAGAAAUUCACAUUUUCAUUUUAGCCUCAUUGCGCUCUGUUCUGAUUUGUAAUUUCUUUUCUGGUGAAGGUUCUUCAAAGACAAGGCCCCUCAAGCCCAUCCUCCCUGAAGAGAGGCUUAAAGAGAGCUUGGCCUUGAUGAAGGACCCUGCACUGGUAGAGAUCCUUGUCUCCCAGAAAACAGUCCUAAAAAAAACAAUGGACAGGUUAGUCAUUGACCAUGAUGGCGACACCAAAGACAAUGAGACACCUCUGACUGCUGCUCAAAAACUUAAAAUCAAAUGCGCAGAGCAGAAGAAAAUGUCAUUCAAGCUUCCUGCCAUGCGCAAGAAAAGAAACCAAGUGCAGCCGGCUCCUUAUCGGUUGGACAUGGAGAAUGAUAAGCUGGACAGGACAGCAAAUCAACCUCUACUGGUCCUCUAUCGCCGGGGCCUGUUAAGCAGAAUAGCGAUGUCAAACCUGUUCUACAAAGCAUUGCAGCCUGACUGGCAGCCACCUGUAGUGGUGGUCUCCAAGGAGGAAGAACCUGUCAAUCAGAAUCCAUCACUGGAGGACACUGAGGAAGCUGGAGAUUUCAGCGAUGAGCAGCCUGACGUUACAGAUACUGAUAGUCUGAGUCUCGUCAGCUGUGACUCACAUGACUUUAUGAAUCCAUCACUGGAGGACACUGAGGCAGCUGGAGAUUUCAGCGAUGAGCAGCCUGACGUUACAGAUACUGAUAGUCUGAGUCUCGUCAGCUGCGACUCACAUGACUUUAUGAAUCCAUCACUGGAGGACACUGAGGCAGCUGGAGAUUUCAGCGAUGAGCAGCCUGACGUUACAGAUACUGAUAGUCUGAGUCUCGUCAGCUGCGACUCACAUGACUUUGUUUAAGCCCCCAUCCCCUUUAGGGUCCUCAGUGACUCACCUAGUAAAAGCACUGCCUUGUGGAGUGCAGGGGGGGUCAUGCAAUCAGAAGCUUGCUAAUUCAAAUCCUGGUUGCGUCAAGUUGCCGAUCUUGACUGGGGGCCCUUAUUGAGCGCUUCAUUGGCCAUUGCGCUCCCACGGGUUAGGGAGGGAAAAUCGGAUGGGCUUGGCUCACCUCACUGUGCCACAGCAACCCCUGGGCAGGCACUCGACGAGACCGGGCAGAGACCAGCCAAGCUUACUGUAACUCUUUCCUUCCAGGGUUCAAUAGCUUGGCCACAUUCGCUGCUUAGGUUCGUCAAGUGAAACAUUGCGAUUGGCUGGACUCCGUGGUCAGUAUGUGGGUUGCUGCAGUGAGGUGACACUGAAAUUGGGCAUUUCAAAUUAGGGAGAAAUAUUGGGCAUUUCAAAAUAGGGCAAAUAUCCAGACCUUUCAAAUUGGGAAAAGAAUAUUUGGGCAUUUCAAAUUGGCAGAGGUAAAUAACUAAUUGGGCACUCUAAAUCAAACAUUGUCAUGAAUCUAGGCAUUUUAUGAAUCCUUUAUUCCCAAAAGGAACCCCACCAUUAACCAACACACCUAUCAGAAACCUGGACAAUGAAGACAAUCAGAACCCACUGGCAGUUCUGAAAGCACCCAUGGUGGAUUGUGCAGAGAAGAAGCCUUCUUUUUUGCUGCCAUCCAUGGGUAUCAAUAGGAACCCAGUUUAGCCUCUUUGUUGUCCACUGGCAGUCCUGAGUCACCCAUGGUGGAAUGUGCAGAGAAGAAGCAGCCUUCUUUUUUGCUGCCAUCCAUGGGUGUAAACAGGGAUCAAGUGGAGCGUCUUUCACUGGAUCAUACAGCUAAUAAUGGUCCUGCAUCACGGUGGACUGAGCCAGCAGGACACCACAGCAACGAUCAUUUAUUGCAUUGUAUCUGAUGCGAUGGACACAUGCUGGACAGAUAACCUCCUUAAAACACUGAGUACUGUGGCCCUCAAGCACAGUCUUGAGCUUUACCAGCUCUUCAGAUUCUUUUAUUGCUGGUAUGUCAAUAAAACGAUACCGUUCUUAAAAUGUAUGGUGUUCAGUGUUUUUUUUUCUUUUUUUUUUAAUGAAAUACAAAUAUGCAGCAUGUUCAAUAGUGGUGGGAGCAGGUCAAUAUUUAUAUUAAACACUUUCGACAGUACAAGAGUCCCUUUCAAAUCAGGCAAACAGGCUUUUCUGCUCAAUAUUAACCUAAUAUGGAUGCCUGAAGAAAGUAUUAACAAAGUCAGCUGAUUAUAAUUGACACCUUGACAUCAUUAUGUGAACAUAAUUUUACACUAUGCUAGCUAUGAUUCCAGUAAUAAGGGAAUUACACACAUACACAUAAUGGACAAGCUGAUAACAGUUCCUUUCAGCUGUUUAUUUAUAAUCAACCAUUUGAGGCAAGAUUUACUACAUAAUGACAAGAAAUACUAAAAUGAUAUGUAUCUGUAAUUUAAAGUAAAAUUAGGAAAAUGCUACUCAUAUUGAAAGGGUAUGGUGUAAUUACACUUCUCUCCACAAGAUGUCAGGCAACACAUUACUGGAGUUUUGUUGUUUAUCAGUGGCUUCAUAAGCAAUCCUGUUGACUUUUAGCCCUGGAAGCCCUACCCUUCUUGUUCUCACAGCAUUCGUGUUUUUUGGUGGGUUUUUUGGUGGUAUUUUCGACUUCUGUGAUACAAUCCCACUAUUGUUUGCA